CAUAUGUAGGCAAGUACCUCUUCGUACUACUCGUGCCAAUGACGACCUUUUUUUUUCUGCGUCUUUCUCUCUAUCCACUUCCUCCCGGGCCGGAACUAGGGCAAACUCUGGGAAUCACAUCCAUUAGGUACGGCUUAGGCUCUGCUUCGUGCCCGCUCUUCUACCCAUGCCCUCCACCUGCAUGCGUCCCCCGAUUCUCGUUGUCCGCCGUUAGAAGAGUGGAACGAUGCCCCUCGUUAGAUCUCCUCCUCCUACCUAUUAGGCGAAGGAUUCCGACGGUUCAACGCUGCCGCGCCGUUGCGGUCUUCAUUCUCUCCCGCUUCUUCUCCAGCUUGGCGCUCGGUUCGGUUCACAAGCUCGCGGGGAACGGCAUCACCAUGAGCUUCCGCCAUGUAUUCCGCAGCUAGGCCUAGGAUCGUAGGCCAGGGACGCUCUGCGUGGCGAUCCCUCUACGAGUUGAUCGAUGCUUGCAGUUCCCGAAUAUCGCCAAAGCAGAAUCCGGUGAGCCGCCUUGGCCCGCACCAGACUACAUCUUACUCCUCUGCAUCGUGGUCGUCGCGGUCAUCGUGGUCGCUCCCAUGGGCACCAAAGACCUACGGAAACAACGUUUACCGCAGCUUCACUUCCAGCGGGCUCCUACUUGUCGGAUUCGCAUCACCCUCGUCUACUACCUCGGCCGUCACGGCGACAUGUUCCGCGGCUGCGGACUCCGCUAUCCUGGGGAGCGCCGCCCAACCAGCAACUGUCGGCAAGCUAGCAAGACAGGCGUGGACAAGGGCUGUGCACACUGGUCGGGUUCGAGCGCCCAGGGUUCAUCGAAGAGCGAACACUUCGAAGUCGAAAGAGAACAAGGAAGUUCUAGCGGCCUCUCAGCAGAAGAAUGCGCUCCCGCCUCAGCCUACCGCUCGGCCGGAGCCCAAUUUGGAGGCACCCGAGCCGGAGCCAACAACACCGGCACCCGUGUCUAACUACUUUCAUUUACCGGCCAUGCCACACCUACCUCAUCGCCCGACGAAGGAAGAAUUUCUAGCUGCUACAAACGGUUUCUGGCAGCGUCUAAAGGUUCGGUUCAAGUGGUUUUCUAUAAGAAGCAUGAGGCCGUGGAAUAUAGAUGAAUGGGGCGCUUUCGUGUCUUGGGUUCUAUUCGGUCAUCUUGUUUGGAUUCUCGUUGGCACCACGACCUUUUUCUCGCUCGUCAUCCUCUCUAUAAACACCGUUUUCGCGCAAGAAACUCUUGCGAAAUGGGUUGGCGAUUACCUUACCGAGUCCGCCGGGUUGACUAUUAUCUUCGAGUCGGCCAUUGUUCCUAGGUGGAAGGAUGGUGUCAUCUCCUUCAGGAACGUUUUCGUGUCCCGGAGGCCCGGCCAGGUCAAGUCUUCCGUCAGCAAAGGAUCUUCCUCGAAUGCCGCGGCUGUCGCCGCUGCAGAGAGGGGGACUGAUAAAGAAGUUCACGCCAUUGAAGUGGACGACGGCAACUACACUCAAUUCGAUGCCACUCUCAACACCGUAAACGUCACGCUCUCCUUCGUGAAGUGGUGGGGCGGCAAGGGACUGCUGAAGGACGUGGAAAUCAAAGGCGUCCGAGGGGUUGUCGAUAGGACUUCGGUGAGGUGGUCCAAGGAGAAAGUCGAUCCGUUAUCAUAUCGUCGCGAGCAUACCCCCGGCGACUUCGAGAUCGACUCCUUCAAGCUAGAGGACUUGCUCGUCACAAUCCACCAGCCAAACGGGUUUCGCCCAUUCACGGUGAGUAUAUACUCGUGUGAGCUUCCUCAGUUGAGGAAGCAGUUUUUAUUCUACGACUUCUUAUCCGCAAACCAUAUGUCUGGGUCGUAUGACGGAUCGCUCUUUACGAUACAUCCUCGCCAGAUUCACGGGGUUCCUGCCGGCCGCGAACACAUGAGCAUAGACCCACUCGGGGAACCGGAUGCUUGGAAGAAACAUAGUCGCAUUCGAAUAGACGGACUCAGAAUAGACCACCUCAACCGCGGAGUCGAAGGUCCCUUUGGUUGGAUCUACGAAGGCAAUGUCGAUAUUGUAGCAGACAUGAGGUUUCCCGUCGACGAUAACGAGGGCAUCACGAAGGUCGUGUCGGAAUUCUAUGACAGGCUCGAGGAGGCUGUCACGUCAAACCGCUACCUGCGCAUUCUCGACACCCCUCGCCGAGACGAGGAGGUCAUAUUCAACGCCCCGAAUUAUCUGCAGUCCGUAGACGACUUAGACGGCAUAGACAACGUAGACACCGCGGCAACUCCUUCAGUGACUUCUCUCGACGAAACCCCAACCCCGUCACCGCCGACGGCGAAAGAAGAACGGCCUCGCUACCUAGUCAUGGACCUGCGGAUCCACCUUAACGACGUCAAAGCCACGGUUCCUGUCUUUACGUCGAAUCUCUCGUACGUGAACCAGGCGCUCGUGCGACCCAUCGUGGCCUACAUCAACGCGAAGCGCACUUAUAUACCUAUCAGCUGCCGCAUCAUCAAGCGGGCUUCCGACUUCGACGGGUCCUGGACGAUCUACGACUGCGGGCUGAUGGACGAUAUGUCGGCCGAGGUGUACGCGGCGUUCGCGCACGACGUCGAGGACCAGCAGAGCCGGGCUCGUCGCCUCAAGAAGGUGGGCUUCUGGACCCUCAGCUUGGCUAUCCACGCCCUGUUCAUGGGCAUGGCCGGCAACGUCAUCUAACGCCUCCCCCCCCCCCCCCCCCCCCUUCCUUGUUGUACGCGCGUCGAGAAACACGAGAUGAGGUCCGACGCACUCAACUCCCUCCCCCCCUCCACUCGACCUCUGUAAAUACCUACACACGACCCUAAACUGAAAUAAACCCGAAAACCUUCACUUUACGACGGGGAUGAUGCCGGCGCGCGCUGCUUUUGCAUAGAGGAGAGUUUUUUUAAUAAAAAAAAGAAGAGAAGUUGAUACAUUUCACGGACACACGGGAUGGGGAACGGGGCACUUGAUGGGGAUUACCACGAACAAACAUAUUCUUAUGUAGGCUAGGGGACUGGAGUUUUUUCUUUUUGGUGGUGGUGGUGGUGGUGGUGUCCGGUGUCUUGUCUAUCUAUCGUGAUUACCAUUAUUAUUAUUAUUAUUAUUGC